AUGUCUGCCGACCUACUUGCAGCGUUUGGCGACCAUGGCAUCGAAGAUGCAGAUACUACUGCAGCUCAUACGAAACAACGGCAAGAGGAUCCUGGUAAGCUAGCGAGUGUCCCAUUGACCAUUGAGGACACUUGGCAACCAUGGCCAACUCAUACGAUUGUGCCCACAAGUCCUGGCAGGAAGCUGGUGAGCGACGGCCAUACAUGGGGAACAGACUGGGAACAUGACAACGUCUUGUUUGAUGCCGAGAGAUUCGAGCCUGAAGGUGUAUCAAAGCAUGACGACGACGACGACUUUGGCGACUUCGAACAAUCAAGUCCUACAGUUUCUCAGUCAAACACAGUGGCCGAGAUCCAGUCCCAGCAUUUAAGUGACAACUUGCUCGACUUAGACAAUCAUGAAACUGGUGACAAUAACAUGUUCGUAGGGAAUACACAAUUCAAGUCAGCCCGUCCAACAAAGUCUACGCCUGUCUACAACACUUCGAGAGCUCAAAAUGAUCCGGCUUUAGAUCUGGUUGGCAUCGACGAGGAUUGGGGCGCAUUCGAAGACGUACCGUGGUCUGUGAAUCCUUCUGCUGCGACAGGUUGGCAACCCUCAGUGAAACAUUCCACGACAAGUAAAACACACGCCCAACGCACGCCAGUGCGCCUACGAGCCCUUACAAAGCCAUCGAGGCAAGACGCGAUGAACACUGGAAAUAAUGACCCCGACGCAUGGGAUGAGUUCCAAUUUGACGAGACCGAGAGCGAAGCAGUACCACAUUCAACAUCAAAUCAACAAACCCAACGACAACCCGAUACUUCUACAGUACCUCAACCCAAGCACAACGAACGACCCGUCAACGUCCCACCACCCGCAGUGCUACUCAACCUCUUACCAAAAGUCUUCUCAGCAUUAUCAGCAGGUUCGCAAUGCCAGAGCACAAGCCCUGAUCUCGGACUACAUAUCGCCGAAGCUUACAGAGUCUGUGCCCGCAUUAUCGCAGGUCGAUCUCUACGAUGGAAACGAGACAACAACCUGGCCCAAAGCAUGCGAAUAGGCGCUGCAGGCAGAAGUGGAGGGAUGAAAUUGACAGCAAUAGACAAAGGCGAAAGCAGACGGGAAGACCAAGAAGCGGAGGAAGCUAUCGCCUCGUGGUCAAGGCUGUCUCACCGUCUCAAUGCUGCCAUGGUCAGGUUCAAAGUCCAGAAACCACCCAUGUCAUUAUCUACGACACUGGCAGCUAGGAUGGCCACAGGUCCUGAUGUGUUAAGUGCUCAGCAUCCCUGUCCCACCUGCGGACUGAAACGAAAUGAGCGAAUUAAUGGAAUUGACGUCAAAGUCUCAGAUACAUUCGGCGAGUUCUGGAUUGAGCAUUGGGGUCAUAAAGAUUGUUAUGACUUCUGGUAUCGCUAUAACGAGCUCCUCGAUCACAGGUGA